GUUAUAUUCAAUUACAGCUUAUCAAUACUCUUUUCAAACUCAUUUUGAUUAUAUUAGUGUGUAAAUACGAUGAGUGGUCUUGAAAAUUCAUUAUUUCAGUUAAAAUUUGCAGCAAAAUCGCUGAAGAAACAAUCUCAGAAAGCUGUAAAAGAAGAGAAAUCCGAGAAAGCAAAGAUAAAAAAGGCAAUGGCCCAAGGAAAUACUGAAAUUGCGAGAAUUUAUGCUACGAACGCCAUUCGGAAACAACAGGAAGCACUCAAUCUUUUACGGCUUUCCUCAAGAAUUGAUGCAGUGAGCAGCAGAAUACAAACUGCGGUUACGAUGCGAAAUAUGUCCAGAAACAUGAGUGGUGUCGUUCGUGAAAUGGAUAGAGCUACACGUUCUAUGAAUCUUGAAAUGAUAUCUAGGGUCAUGGAUCGUUUCGAGACUCAAUUCGACGAUAUUAAUGUUCAAGCAGGUGUCAUGGAGAAGUCCAUGGGAACUGCGACGGCUGUUGAUGCACCACAAGAAGACGUUGACUUAUUGCUACAAAGCGUAGCUGACGAAGCAGGCUUGGAGUUAAAUCAAUCUCUUAACAGCGAGCCCCUUCCCCAGCAAUCAGCUACUGAAAUUCAAGCCCAAGAACCGGUGCCCGUGAAAGCACAAGACCUUGAUGAUUUAUUACAAGAGAGAUUGAAAGCACUUCGUUCUUAG